CUGUUUUUGGAGUUCGACCAGAAGAGAGCCGAAAAAAAUAAAAUCCUGGUGGUUUAUAAUUCUAAAGUUGUUGUUCUUCCACAGAAAUAGUACCGAGGACUCCUUUUUGCCUUCCUCGUAACACUUGUUUGGAAUCGAAUCUACCGUUGGACCUCCUCCACUCUAUCUCUCUCUAGUUUGCGUUCUAUGAGCUUUUAAGCAAAGCAGGUCUCUCUUCCUCUCUCUCUCUCUCUCUGUGUGUGUGUGUUUUGUGUGUGUAAUUCAUUUUCAGGUUCCAAAUCUGAAAAGUAAGGUCUCUGGGAGUGCAAAUUUGAGUUCUAUUGGUGUUGUGUUUACACACAUGUUGAUAUCUUUUGUUAGUUGAGUGAAAAAUAAAUAGAAGAGCCAUGCAAAAGGAUAAUGACAGUGGUGUCCCCGCAACACCUACUGGACGUCUUCGGCACCGGAAACGCUCAAAUGAGGUUCCUGUGGAGGUUGGAAAAGCAAAUGGAAGCCAUUUACUUGUAAAUGACCAAAGCAAAUACAGGUCAAUGUGGAUCCGUGCAUAUUCAUCCAUUUGGAUGAUUGGGGGUUUCGCAUUCAUAAUCUAUAUGGGUCAUCUCUACAUUUGGGCAAUGGUGGUUAUUAUCCAAAUAUUUAUGGCAAGUGAGCUGUUCAAUUUACUUAGGAAAGCCCACGAAGAUAAGCGCCUCCCAGGAUUUAGGCUAUUGAAUUGGCACUUUUUCUUCACUGCCAUGUUAUUUGUAUAUGGCCGCUUUCUCAAUCAACGGCUCGUCAACACUGUCACUUCAGGCAGAUUAUUAUAUCAGCUUGUGAGCGGUUUCAUCAAGUACCAUAUGGCUACCUGUUACUUCUUGUAUAUUGCAGGUUUUAUGUGGUUCAUUCUUACACUAAAGAAGAAGAUGUACAAGUAUCAAUUUAGCCAAUACGCAUGGACACACAUGAUUCUAAUUGUGGUUUUUACGCAAUCCUCCUUCACUGUAGCCAACAUUUUCGAAGGAAUUUUCUGGUUCCUUCUUCCAGCAUCACUUAUUGUUAUCAAUGAUAUUGCUGCUUAUAUCUUCGGUUUCUUCUUUGGAAGAACCCCUUUGAUCAAGUUAUCCCCGAAGAAAACAUGGGAGGGUUUCAUUGGAGCAUCUGUUACAACUGUUAUCUCUGCAUUCGUGCUUGCAAAUAUCUUGGGUCGUUUUCAGUGGCUAACAUGUCCAAGGAAGGAUUUAUCAACCGGUUGGCUUCAUUGUGAUCCAGGUCCAUUGUUUAAACCCGAGUACUUCUUUUUGCCAGGAUGGAUUCCUCAAUGGUUUCCUUGGAGAGAGAUCCCAAUUUUGCCAGUUCAAUGGCAUGUAUUAUGUCUUGGUCUUUUUGCAUCAAUAAUAGCACCUUUUGGAGGUUUUUUCGCCAGUGGUUUUAAAAGAGCUUUCAAGAUUAAGGAUUUUGGUGAUAGUAUUCCUGGACAUGGAGGAAUGACAGAUAGAAUGGAUUGCCAGAUGGUGAUGGCAGUAUUUGCAUACAUCUAUCAUCAAUCAUUUGUUGUGCCUCAAAGCCUCUCAGUUGAGACGAUCUUGGACCAGAUAUUGAUGAACCUCACCCUCGAGGAUCAGCAAGCCCUGUUCACGAGGCUUGGGCAGAUAAUCCAGGAGAGGGAUUUUGGAGAUUAUUGACACUGCAAAAAACUGCAUGAUAUGUGUAAUUUAUGACAUCUCCCCAGCAUGUGUACAUGGUGUUGUCUGUCAUUGUUCUGUCAAGUGCAACCCCAUUCAGAAAUUUAGCUGGAGGCUUGUUUCACUGUUACACUGUAUAGUUCUACGUUACCCACUUGAUAUGCAUAAUUUUUUCAACGGAUAGUCUUGGCUGAUUCUGUAUGUAUAUUGAUAUGCUUAAAUUUAUAAAUCUCCGUCGAAUAUUAAA